GCCAAUGAACGCAAAUCAUUUUACCAUGUACAAACAUGAAUGGCCCACACUUCACCUUUUGUUCUGGAGUUUGAAUUUCUUGCCUCAGAGUUUCUGUAGCCAUUAGUGAUCAAGAUUUUACCAAAAUGUCUCUCAAAUUGAUUUACUGUGUAACCACAAGAUAUGCAAAGGAAAAGUAAUUCUUGCAAAAGCCAAUGGCAUUUCCAUACCCUCUUAAAGUGGUGCAGGAACCAUUAUUUACUACCUAGCUAAUAAGACUCUUGCUCUAAAUGCCCAGUCUCCCGGUUGAACCAUAAUGGCUCCUCUGCAGCUCCUCCUUCUCUUCCUCCUUGUUCUCAGCCCUUUUCAAAAAGUUUCCAGUGUCGGAGUGAACUACGGCACACUCGGAAACAACCUCCCAUCCCCAAAGAAAGUGGCUCAGCUCCUCCAGUCUACACUUAUCGACAAGGUAAAAAUCUAUGACACUAAUCCUGAUAUACUGGGAGCUUUUUCAAACACUGGAAUAGACCUCAUUGUUGCAGUGGAGAACUAUCACGUAGCAAACAUCAGUUCUGAUGUAUCAGCAGCAGAUGAGUGGUUUGCCAACCGUGUUGUGCCCUUCAUUCCUGCCACUUCCAUAGUAGCCAUUGCUGUAGGCAAUGAGUACUUAACCACAGAUCCUGACCAUUUACGACCAAAUAAUCUCUUCAAAGCAAUGCAGAACUUGCAUGCCGUGCUAGUGGCACGUGGACUUGACCGGAAAAUCAAGGUCACAACACCACAUAGUAUGGCUGUUCUUGCUUCCUCAUUUCCUCCUUCAGCUUCCACUUUUGCUACUACUCUUAUGCCUACCAUGACCUCCAUAGUGGGGUUCUUAGCUGACACUGGUGCUCCUUUCAUGGUCAAUGCGUAUCCAUAUUUCGCUUACAGAGACAACCCUGGUUCUGUUAACCUACAAUAUGCCUUACUAGGUAAUGCUACUGGAGUACGUGAUCCCAUGGGGUAUGUCUACAACAAUAUGUUAGAUGCACAAAUUGAUGCUGUUAGAUCAGCCAUCAAUGCUCUAGGGUAUGGAAAUCAGACAGUUCAGAUUACAGUGUCAGAAUCCGGUUGGCCGUCCAAGGGUGAUCCUGGUGAUGAUGCGGCCACGCCCGACAAUGCAAAGACUUAUAAUACAAGAUUGAUAGAACGUGCACAGUCCAAUAAAGGAACACCCAUGAAGCCUAAGGAUAAUAUAGAGAUAUUUGUGUUUGCUUUGUUUAAUGAGAACAAAAAGGAUGGUAGUGUUAGUGAGAGAAAUUUUGGGAUAUUUAAUGGAGAUGGAUCUAAAGUAUAUGAUGUGGAUUUGAGCUGCCAAUUCUGUAGCAAUGGAGGGACACUUGAAUUCAGCGAGAAGAUAUCAAAUGGGGUAAGAGGACCUUCAGUCUGGUGUGUGGCUAAGCCACAUUCAGAUGAGAAGGUGCUUCAAGCUGUAUUGGACUUCUGCUGUGGACCAGGUGGAGUGGAUUGCAGGGAGAUUUAUCAAAGUGGUGAUUGUUUUGCACCAGAAAAGGUCCAUGCACAUGCUUCAUAUGCCAUGAAUGCUUAUUAUCAGAUGCAUGGAAGAAACUACUGGAACUGUGACUUCAAAGGCACUGGACUUGUCACCUUCAGUGAUCCAAGCUAUGGCAAAUGCCGGUACUCGCAGCAGUGACAUGGCAAGGAGUGGCAGUAUUAGCUGUAAUGUGAUUUGCAGCUAACAUUGUAUUUAAUGUUCGCCAGUAUUGUUAUUGGAAGAAAAUUUGUAAGCUUAUCUAGUUUGGUCACUGCCAAAACUUCAUUUAAAUCAAAAAAAAAAAAGAAAGAAAGAAGGUUUGUUUUCAUUACAGAUUUGAAUUCUCUGUUUGUUUUGUCUGAAAAGUGUCUUUAUUUUGGGGAAGAGGUAAAAGAAGAGCACAUGGUGAAACAGCUGAUGUCUCCAUAAUCAAAGGCUUUUUUCUGUUUUCAGAUUGAAAA